AUGCAGGGUCUUGCGGAUGGUCCCGUCAAGACUCACCUGUUCCGGCUUGAACUAGAUUCACUAGAACAAGCCAUUCCCAUUGCGGAGCAGGAAGACUUCAGUCUGAGACAGGCUCGCGCCAGCUCGACAUCAUAUCGUCAACCGAGACGAUAUGACAACGGAGGUCCAGAGCCGAUGGAACUCUGUUAUGUAGAGAGCGAGAAGGCUCGCUCUACAGGCUACAAGAAGUUGCAGAGAUGCAACAGAUGUCAAAAGACAGGACACUACGCUUACGAGUGUAGUGCCCCUCGUCCAGUGUCUCGCGACACUGGGCGUAGUGACCGUCCGCCCAUGAGAAAGGGGCAGGGACGAGGGUCCGCUGUUGGUGCAAAGACGCAACAACGGGAUGGACCGUCAAAAAACGGAAAGGAUCAGUAG